UUCUCAGGCUCUAAAAGUGACAGCGGUUCUUUUCUCGAUAAAUAGGAGGCCAAUAAGGAGUUCACUGGAUUUCGGAAGGCGACAAGAGAGAGGGAGGAAGGAAGGAAGGAAGGAAGGAAGGACGGACGGACAGGUUAAGCUCCUUCAGUCUACUUGGAGAGCCCCUGGCGGUUUCCUCAGAUGGAUCUAGCCUCGGCGCAGCACGCGGUGCUACAGCUCCUUGGAGCUGUGUCUACCUCGGACCUUGCUGCGCUUCUAGACUGGAUGCGAACUACGCGAGAUUUUGAUGAAUUCAUUCAUGAUAAUAAUGAUAUUAUAUUGAAAAACAUUGCAGAAGAUCUUCGGAAUUGUUUACCCCUGGAAACCAUGCUUUCCUCGGAGCAAGUAGCCAUUCAGAAAAUAAAGCAGCAACCAGAACCCAUAAUUCAUAUUGAUGCAUUCCUUUAUGAUGAUGACUUUAUUGAUUCAUUGUGUGAGAAAGGAAGAAUGAGUAGGAACUACUGUACGGUGUGCGGGUCACACCAGACUGCACCUUUAAGAUUUAUUUCUCAUUCCUUCUCCCCUUUGGAACUGAAGUUCAUUUAUCAGCAUGUGCUCCCGGAUCUGUCUGGAAAGGUCUUGGUUGAUGUUGGUUCCAGGCUUGGCCCAGUCCUUUUUGUGGGUUAUCUUUACAGUUCAGCAUUGCAACUACAUGGAGUAGAAAUGAAUCAAGAUUUUUGCCAGUUGCAAGAAAUGAUCAUUGCCAAAUACAAGUUUAUGGAUAGAAUAAAGGUACAUCAUGCAGAUAUAUGUACUCAAGCUUCACUUCUUCAAAAUGCUGAUGUUGUUAUCAUGAACAAUGUCUUUGAAUAUUUUCUUGAUAGAUCAGAACAGUCCAGGAGAAAAAUUUUUUUAAUAUGUUUCAGAGCCUGGGAAUAUAUCAGUCAUAAUGUAAGGAAAAAAGGAACAUUAUUAGUAACAGUCCCAAGUCUUAAAGAAUGUCUCUCAAAUCUACAGGUGGCUAUACAUCUGAACCAGUGGGUUGAAGAAGUGCAGUUGAACUAUAAUAUAUACGCAGAAAAAGACAUUGAUAGAGAAGCACUUGAACAAAUUCAUUUAUAUAAGAUUGUUUAGAAUUAAGAUUGACUUUAAUUUUUUAAUAUAUGUGAUAAUUAAAACAUUUAUUUACAGUUUGACUUCCUUUAAUCUGAUAAAAAUAUAUGCAGUCUCUUUAGCAGCUAAUUCUAUAGGCCCAGUUAAAAUUUGAGAAAAUGACCAUUAUAAACUCAAAUUUUACAAUUUGUGACAUAUAGAAAUGAAAUACAUGAUAUCCUGAAAGUCUUUUUUUUUUUAAACCCUUCCGUCUUGAAAUCAAUACUGUGUAUUGGUUCCAAGGCAGAAGAGUAGUAAGGGCUAGGCAAUGGGGGUUAAGUGACUUGCCCAGGGUCACACAACUGGGAAGUGUCUGAGGCCAGAUUUGAACCUAGGACCUCCCAUCUCUAGGCCUGGUUCUCAAUCCAUUGAGCUACCCAGCUGCCCCCCGCCCCCCGAAAGUCUUAAUGAAGCUUGGUUUAUUUGAGCCCCAGUAUCCCUUUUUAAAGUCUAAACAUUAAGAUUUUUAAUAUGUCCUCUAUGGUUCCUAUUUAAAAAAAAAACACUUUAAUUAUGCACAUAAUUUACAGUUAGGUCUCAAUCAGUGCAAAUAAUGAGCUUGUGAAGUUAUCGCUGUCAUAUUUUUCAGAUUUACAUUACAUUUUUGUAACUGGAACCAGCUAUCAUAUUUUAUGUAGUUAUACUUUUGAAUAUAAUUUAUUAUUUUCACUAAUUAGGACCCAGUUUUGUAUAAUGUUUCUUGACCUGGUAUAACUAUAAUAUCACUGUAUGAUCCAUGGCACAUAAAAUGAAUAAAGAGUUCUUUGAUCAUAAAACUCAAAAAA